AUGAAAGAUUAUUUCAUCGAGCGUCCGAGAUUUCCUGCUCAUGAUUUUCGAAGGCAGUUUCGGAUGAGGAUAGAGUUUUUUGAAAGCAUCUUGAAUGCAGUUGUCAAUCAUGACCACUACUUUGCAAGAAGGCUAAAUGCUGCUGGCCGACAAGGUCUAUCACCUCAUCAAAAGCUCACAUCUGCUUUUUGCAUGCUAGCUAAUGGGUGCUCUGCAAACUCAACUGACGAGUAUUGCCAACUUGCAAAAAGUACUGCUAUUGAGAACCUGAAGCGUUUUUGUAAGGCAAUUGAAAGCAUAUAUGGAGUCAUAUACCUCUGCAACCUAAAUCGUGAAGACUUGAAGAGGCUUCUAUGCAAAACAGACAAAAGAGGCUUCUUUGGCAUGAUAGGAAGUCUCGAUUGCCGUCAUGACAAGCCAACCAUCGUGCUUGAGGCUGUGAUGUCUUACGACACAUGGAUUCGGCAUGCUUUAUUCGGUGCUCCUGGAUCAAACAACGAUAUCAACGUUCUUUGGUCUUCUCCUUUGUUCGAUAAUGUUGUCAAUGGAUAG